GUCUGGUGAAGUUCCUCUGCAUUCCUACCAUACAUACUGUACACACACACACACACACACACACACACACACACACAUACACACGCACACGGCUAUGAUGACUCUGCUGGCUGAGAGGGUGGGUGUUGUUGACCUGUAGGACUGCAGAAAACCUCUUCAUUCAGGACCUGCCAGGGUCAUCAUGAGUAAGGCACAACGUGAUGACCAGCAGCCUGAUGAAAAACCUGCAAGUACUCUAUCUGCCAGCCUAGGAUGGACUAAGGUCAGCUGCCCGUGUUGUCUGUCUGAGGCGGUAGAGCCGUUGGUUCUGGUGAAACUUGGGGAAGAAGUCCGUCCUGAGACCAAAAGGUGGAUCAUCAGACUGAUUGGAGCGCCCCAGAAAGAAGGCGGGGCCGCAUUACUGGCCCAUCCUGGUGAAGAUGCCAGCGGUGACAUCAUCGUGGUGUCGGCCCCACGCUGCACAUUACAGCGAGCCGCCGAGGAGUUGGGUUUGUGCAAGACGUACUGCACCGGAGAAAUGGAGAACUUCUCAUACGAAGACAGAGACAACUUUCGACACUCAGACAACAUGGAGUCCUUCCUGACGCUGGCUGAGAGACAGUACAUAGUGAAGUAUGAGCUGGAGGGUCUGCAUGCUCAGAGAGAUGUGAGGAUUCCUGGUCUGGCUGACAAGUUCACCCUACAUCACAGAGACAACAUCUGGCGCAAGUUAAACUCGGCCGGCGUGGUUGUGGACACUUUCCCUCUUCACAAGCGGCAACAACUGAAAGAGCUCAGUGAGAUGUGGUACUCUGGCAAUCAGCUGUCUCAACCGCUGGAUUCAGUCAAUGCUUAUUUUGGAAGCUCAGUGGGUUUUUACUUCAGCUUCCUUGAUUUCUACACCUGGUCUCUGCUGCCACCUGCCAUUGUGGGCCUGUCAAUCACAUACUUCUCGAGUGACGUUCAGAAGGAGGUGGUGGAGUCAGUGUCUGGCUCGCAGGUGGAGAACCACGAAGAGGACAUAGGACUCCCCAUCAGCGGUCACAUGGUCCAGGCGGUGUUCAGCAUGCUGUGGUCCACCGUGGUCAUGGAGCUGUGGAAGCGUCGCAGCUUCUCCCUGUCCUACCGCUGGGGGACACUUCACCUGGCUGAGCGCUUUGCGGAGCCACGACCUGGUUUUCAUGGUCACCUGGGGGUCAACCCUGUCACGGGUCGUGUGGAGCCUCUGUUUCCCGAAUGGCAGAAAGAUCUCCGGAUGGCACUGGUCUCAGUCCCUGUGGUCGGAAUAUUUCUGGGCCUGGUGGUCCUCGGCAUGCUGUGCUUCUACUGGGCAGAGGACCAGGUGCAGCAGCUCCACCUGGGUUGGGACUCGCUGGUGUCCCAGACCUUGCUUUAUAUGCCCUCUGUGCUCCACAUCCUUUACACAAAUGUGCUGGCCACGUUUUACAAAACAGUAGCAGCGUCUCUGACUGAAUUUGAGAACCACAGAGAAGAGUCUGCCUUCCAGAACCAUCUAACAGCCAAAGUCUUGGUGUUCACGUUCUUCAACUACUUUGCAGUUCUCUUCCACAUUGCAUUUGUCAAGCAAGAUGUUCCUUUGCUCCGCAAGCGUCUGGCCUCGUUGCUGAUCGUGAGCCAGCUGGUGAACCAGCUGACAGAGGUGGUAGUACCAUUCCUGGUGGACCGCUUUGUUAGCGCCCCCCAUAGGACGGAGAGUGAGGAUGACCCGCAGGAGGACAAAUUUAGAAACCAAAUCACGCUGCCAGUUUUCCCUGGUUUAUUUGCAGAAUACAUUGAGCUGCUGGUGCAAUUUGGCUAUUUGAGUCUGUUCUCUUGCGUCUACCCUCUGACGGCCGUGCUGCUGCUCAUCAACAACGCGACAGAGAUCCGCACCGACGCCUACAAGAUCUGCAAACUCUUCCGCAAGCCUUUCUCCGCCCCCGCGGCCAACAUGGGUGUGUGGCAGAUCGCCUUUGAGAUCCUGAGUUUCAUGGCGGUGGUGUCAAACUGCUGGCUGCUGACGCUCUCGCCACUGUCACUAAAGAUGCAAGUGGAGGGCGAGAUGAGCAGCACCAACAUCGUGCUGAUGGCCGUGCUGGCCGAGCACCUUCUCAUCCUCAUCAAGCUGAUGAUGGCAGCCGUCAUCCCGGACGAGCCAGGAUGGAUCAGAACAAAGAGAGCCCACAUGGAGUACACUUCCAUGCAGGCUCUCAGGCAGCAGACCAUGUCUACUGGCGAGUCCUGACUGGGUUUCAAAAGCCCAGGCUGUGGAUCAACGUGAUGCAAGAAGAACAAUAAUUGAGCUCGAACAGCACGAAGCUCUUGUUUGCUUUUAAAGGUGCCAUUUUUCAUCUUUGGAAAUAGGAAAUAGGUUGGCUGGCAGCAGUUCCUAAGUCAAGGGUCGACUCAAUUUAUUUCAAAUAAGAUGUAUACAUAUAUUUAAGUCCACCCCAUACACAAAUGUGAGUAUAUAGUGUGUACAAUGCAUCCGGCGCUUUUUUAUGUUACACAGCCUCAUUCCAAAAAUGGAAUAAUUUCAUUUUUGUCCUCAAAAUUCUACACACAAUACCUCAUAAUGGCAAUGUGAAAAUGUUUUUAUUUAAGAAUUUUUUGCACUAAGAAAUCCCAUGUGCAUAAGUAUGUACAGCCUUUGCCAUGAAGCUCAAAACAUCAUUGAGAUGUUCCUACAGCUUAAUUGGAGUCCACCUGUGGUGAAUUCUGUUGUUUGGACAUGGUUUCAAGGCAGAGCACAAACCAAGAAUGAAGUUGAAGGAAUUGUCUGUAGACCUCCGAGGCACGAAUCUGGGGAAGGGUACAGAAACAUAUCUGCUGUCUUGAAGGUCCUAAUGAGCCUCCAUCAUCCGUUAAUGGGAGAAGUUUGGAACCACCAGGACUCUUCCAAGAGCUGGCCGACCGUCUAAACCGUGAAGGGCCCUAGUCAGGGAGGUGACCAAGAACCUGAUGGUCACUCUGUCAGACCUACAUCAUUCCUCUCUGUGGAGAGAGGAGAACCUUCCAGAAGGACAACCAUCUCUGCAGCAAUCCACCAAUCAGGCCUUUAUGUUUAGAGUGGCCAAACGGAAACCAUUUCAUAGUAAAAAGUUUGCCAAACUGCACCUGAAAGACUCUCAGACCAAGAGAAACAAAAUGAUCUGGUCUGAUGAGACAAAGAUUGAACUCUUUGGCGUCACCAGGCCAAUACCAUCCCUGGUGGCAGCAUCAUGCAGUGGGGAUGGUUUUCAGCGGCAGGAACCGGGGGACUAGUCAGGAUAGAGGGAAAGAUGAAUGCAGCAAUGUACAGAGACAUCCUGGAUGAAAACCUGCUCCAGAGCCCUCUUGAACUAGGACUGGGGUGACGGUUCAUCUUUCAGCAGGACAACGACCCUAAGCACACAGCCAAGACAUCAAAGGAAUGGCUUCAGGUCAAGUCUGUAGAUGUCCUUGAGUGUCCCAGCCACAGCCCAGACUUGAAUCCCAUUGAACAUCUCUGGAAUGAUCUGAAAAUUGCCCAGCCUGAUGGAGCUUGGAGGUGCUGCAACAGAACAAAAAUAAACAAAGAUAGGUGUGCUAUCAUGACCCGUGGCCCGGAUCAUGUUUUGCUUAGUCAUGUUCUGUUAGUUUUGGACUCCCUGAGUUCCUGUUUUGUGCACCUCUGGGUUUGUUUUGGUUGCCAUGGGUACUGAUUGGGUUCACCUGCCUCUGGUUAGUGUUCGGCACGUUCACCUGCUACCGAGCACUAAUCAGAGAGCUACUUAUUCACGUUUCUCGCCAUGCUCAGUCUGGCUUCGUUGUUUGCUGUAUGAAACAGUUGUUUUCUAGCUAAGGAUUCCUGUGCUAAGUUCUGGUUCCUUAGCUUCCCGUGCGAUCGGCACGCUUUCCUUUUGUCUGUUUCCUGUCUUUUUGUAAAGUGUAGGAUUCAUGACAAUAAAUCCUAUUCCUACCUUCACGCUUUCGUCCGGAGUUGUCCGUCUUGCAUCUUGGAAGAACGACCCCGCAGUAAGAAGCGACCCCCACGCUAAGCUUGUGGCAUUGCGUUCAAAAGGACUUGAGGCCGUGAUUGCUGCCAAAGGUGCAUCAACAAAGUAUUGCGCAAAGGCUGUGAAUACUUAUGUACAAGUUUUUUUAUUUUCAAUGUGUGCGUGUGUGUGUGUUACGGACAGCAAAGCCCUGUCUGUCUGUUAUUUCACUUUACCUUUUUCUGUGUUGAUUGAGCUGUGUUGAAGCAGCAAAAAGGGGCGGUUUAGCUCGGUUGGUAGAGCGGCUGUGCCAGCAACUUGUGGGUUCCAGGUUCGAUCCCCGCUUCCGCCAUCCUAGUCACUUCCGUUGUGUCCUUGGGCAAGACGCUUUACCCACCUGCUCCCAGUGCCACCCACACUGGUUUAAAUGUAACUUAGAUAAUGGGUUUCACUAUGUAAAGCGCUUUGAGUCACUAGAGAAAAGCGCUAUAUAAAUAUAAUUCACUUCACUUCAAAAAAGGACAUUAUGUUAAAUGAAGAGUUUCUGUCUCUGAUAGUUGAUAUAAUAAUGUAAAUGCAUCAUUAAGCCUACAUUAACUCCAUGGUGUUCAGGGAUGAAUAGUCUCUCCUAUUGCUAUUGUACUAUUUUUUCAGCUAUACCUUAUUUUUCGGAUUAUAAAUUGCUCCGGAGUAUAAAUCGCACCGGCCGAAAAUGCAUAAUAAAGAAUGAAAAAACAUAUAUAAGUCGCACUGGAGUAUAAGUCACAUUUUUGGGGGAAAUUUAUUUGAUCGGUAGGUUGGAGUUCAAAUCCCAGCCGAGUCAUACCAAGACCCGUUUCCUCCCUGCUUGGCACUCUGCAUCAAGGGUUGGAGUUGGGGGUUAAAUCACCAAAAUGAUUCCCGGGCGCGGCGCCGCUGCUGCCCACUGCUCCCAAAGGGGGAUGGGUCAAAUGCAGAGGACACAUUUCACCACAUCUAGUGUGUGUGUGACAAUCAUUGGUACUUUAAUCUUAAUCUUAAUAAAACCCAACACCAAGAAUAGACAUUUGAAAGGCAAUUUAAAAUAAAUAAAGAAUAGUGAACAACAGGCUGAAUAAGUGUACGUUAUAUGAGGCAUAAAUAACCAACUGAGAACGUGCCUGGUAUGUUAACGUAACAUAUUAUGGUAAGAGUCAUUCAAAUAACUAUAACAUAUAGAACAUGCUAUAUGUUUACCAAACAAUCUGUCACUCCUAAUCGCUAAAUCCCAUGAAAUCUUAUACGUCUAGUCUCUUACGUAAAUGAGCUAAAUAAUAUUAUUUGAUAUUUUACGGUAAUGUGUUAAUAAUUUCACACAUAAGUCGCUCCUGAGUAUAAGUCGCACCCCCGGCCAAACUAUGAAAAAAAUUGCGACUUAUAGUCCGAAAAAUACGGUAUUUAAAAAAAAUAAAAAAUGUUUUCACAUUGCCACUGUUGGGUAUUGUGUGUAGAAUUUUGAGGACCCAAAAAAUUAUUUUGGGAAUUCUGGAAUAAGGCCGUAACAUAUCAAAAAUGUGGAGAAAGGGAAGCGCUGUAAAAACGUUCCGCAUGCACUGUAUUCUGUAUACUUAUAAAGAAAUGACAUAAUAGAAAGGCCAAACUGCAACACUAUAACAUUCUUGUCUACGAAAGCUAAAAAUGUUUGUGGCUUCUGCAACAACGCUGUGAGCAAACUGGAUGCAUGUUACGCAUCAUACUGUCUGCUGUACAGCACAGUAGAGGCCUUUUAAAAGACAUUCUGCUCAAAACAUUGCAUUGCUCAAGGGGAUCAACACUUUUAUCAAACUGAACAGUGAGUGAAUGUUAUAUUUGCUGGUACCGUUGUUAAAAACAUGCACACAAAAAGAAAGAUUUGCAUUGAGAGCAAAUGAGGAAAAACAAACCACUUGUGCUUUGCUGUGUUCUAUGCUAUUCAUACUGUAUUGUGCCUCGAGUGACUGCUUGACUGUGCAGUGUUAGCCACUAAUCAUCUACCUUCAUGUAAGUGCUGGCAGAUAAACAAACCAUCACCCAUACAGCAUUUAACAAUGUGUAUUUAUAAUAGAGGCCAGCAGGAGGCACUGUUUACACGCUGCAUGUAAUGUACUUUCAAUGAAGAUGUUAAAAGUUUACUGCUUGCAUCACAAUAAAGUCACAUCAAGCUAUGGAUGCUUUUUUUUUU